AAACAGCCCUGAUUUUGCCCUAGAUUCUAGGGGUAGGGAUUCUGGACUCUCGAAAUCCUGGAAGCUCCCGCUCUAUCUCCUCUCCCCUGCCGCUCCCGCUCCAUCUCCGCCGCCCCCAGCUCCGUCCCCGCCGCCAGAUCGACGCCGGCAGUAGCUUCGUCCCCGCCACGGCCGGCCCAGCGCCCCAGUCCCCGGUCGCAGCCGCGCGCGCCCAGUCCCCGCGCGCCUCCUCACGUCCGGCGGCCCGAGCGUGUUACCCCGUGUUACCCCGACGUGCCAGGCGGCACCCUCUGGCCUCCGCCGCCCACCAUGGCCGCCACGUACCGCCGUCUGCUCCUCCUUCAACGCAUCCCCCACCCUCACCUCCAGCCUGCUGCAGCCACUCACUGCCUCUCCCCAUCCGCCGCGGCCGCGGCUUCUCUGGUCUCGCCGUCGCGCCCUUCUGCCGCCGAGCGCGUGGAGACACCGCUCAACAACCUCCGAUCCGGUUUUACAACUGACAGUAACUUCAAACAUAGUUUGCUUCGUAAGUUGGGUUCGUCAGUUGGUGCUAUACUGAUUGGACAAGCAGCCCUUUUUCUUGGUCUGAGCAACGGCUAUGCAUUCGCCCAGGAAGACUCAGUUAGCCAAGCUGCAUCUAGUGAGCAAGCUGAGGGAAAUGCUACUGGUCUACAACUGAUUGAAGAUGGAUCAGUGGUCUCAAAUGAACACACGGUCAAAUGGAGAAUUUUCACGGAUAAUGGGCGGGAAUUUUUCCAGAAAAGACAAUUGGAUGAGGCUGAGAAGUUAUUCCAGGCAGCCCUGCUAGAAGCUAAAGAAGGAUUUGGACUUAGAGAUCCACAUGUUGCAUCAGCACUUAACAAUCUGGCAGAGUUUUAUAGGUUAAAGAAAGAGUAUGAAAAAGCUGAACUACUAUAUCUGGAAGCAAUUGAAAUCCUGGAGGAGUCAUUUCAAUCUGAUGAUAUACGUGUGGGAACAGCUCUGCAUAGUCUUGGAAUAUGCUAUCAUCUUCAGCACAAGUUUGCUCAAGCACAGACAUGUUAUGAGCGUGCUUUGAAGAUAGAAGGACGUGUUAUGGGGGUCGGUCACCCAGAGUAUGCAAGUACAAUGUACCUUCUCGCCAAGGUGCUAAGUCUCCAAGGAAAAAGAAGGGAUGCAGAAUCCCUUACCGAAGAGUCUAUAAGGAUACUGGAGGAAGCCGGGCUUGGCGAGUCGCCAACAUGUAUACAAAGAAUGACAUAUCUCUCUACGGAAUUAAUAAAAUCAAAACGACUUGGUGAAGCUGAAAUCUGGCAAAGGAAGAUAUUACAUACUCUGGAGCUUUCAAAGGGAUGGGAUUCAUUGCAUACUGUACAUGCAGCUGAAGUCCUAAGUUUAACUCUUCAAGCCUUGGAGAAGUUGAAGGAAUCAGAAGAGCUAUUUGAAAGAUGCCUGGCAGCCAGGAAAAAGGUUCUUCCUGAAGGUCAUUUUCUGGUAGCCGUUAGUUUGGUAUACUUGGCGAGGUUAAUAUUGCACAAAUUUGCUAGUGAUCUGAAGAACAUAGACAGUGAUGUAGCUACACGUUGCUUUGCUAGGGCAAAACAGCACAGCAAUGAUUCGAUCAGGAUUACAGAAGGAAUUCUAAAUUCUUCAAGCAAAGACCAGAACAAACUUGACAGCACUUCUGCUACAGAUAGAGAUAAGAUUGCUGCAACAGCUAUUCUUUUGCAAGCACUCGAAGUUGUUGGACUUAUUGAUAUUGCAGGAAAACAUGUGCUAGGGCAAGGGGAUCAAGAUUAUAGAUCUAUUGAGGGCGCUGUGAAUAAAUGUAUUUCACUUUACAGAAAGCCUGGUACACGGAGGUUAGUGACAAAGAUUGUCAAGCAGGACUACAUGAGGUGCCUGAGGCUACUCAUAAAUAUAGUUGAGGACCAUUUGCUCAUGCAGCAGACGAUGGAGUUGCAGGAGUUGCUUGGUGAGGCGCGAUUAAUAAUAGAAGAGUUGGUAGAAGAGAGUUAGAAGUAGUAAGUACUGUUAUCUGGGAAAACCAUGUUACAUGUGGACAUUAGGAAAAUCAGAUUGACAGCUAGUAUCCAUGUCAUUUUGCUGAUAUAUUCUAGUAUCUAUCACGGCACAUAUUACCAUGAAUGCCGUGUGUCCAGCCAGGAGUCAGUCAUCUAAUCACCAUGAAAGGGCUUCCUCAGACUUCAACUUGUUAGAGCCCAAUGGCAUGUACAUUUUCUACGAGUUUGAAGGUUGCAAGAGAUAAUCACUUGCCCAGUGAUACGCAAAACAUCGAGCCACUAUUCAUCCUAAAGGCAUCGAGCUUCCGGAAGGCUAUAUGUUGCUCAGGUGAUAAUUUUCUAUCGAUCACCUGGAGAGCCAUUAUUCAUCAUAGAGGCAUCGAGCUUCCGGAAGACUGUCUCAGGUGAUAACUUUCUAUCGAUCACCUGAAGGAUCUCGGGUGGGCCAGCAUCUCAGCCCACGAAGGGAGGACGCGGCCUCACAGCAAUAGGUACUUUUCGAUUUCAAUUUCUUUCCACAUAAA